CAUAUUCUUCCGAGUAUAUUUCUAAGGCUCCUUUCGGGGUUUUCUUAUUUCCAGGAUGUCUGUUCUAGAUCUACCUGAUGAAAUAUGGAGGAAAAUAUUAGAGAUGGGUGUAAAGAACUCCAAAUUAGGUUUUAAGGAUCUGUGCUGUGUUUCAAUUUCUAAUAGACGCCUCAAUAGAUUAUCCAGUGAAGACACUUUAUGGCACAAUUUACUAACCCUAGAUUUCUCGAAUAAUUCCUCUUCAUCAUCGCAAGCAUUUCAAUUUAAAUCCUUGUACAAAUCCAGUUAUGAGAAAGAGAAAAGCCGAAAACUGGCUGUUUAUAACCGAGCUGUUCUUAGAGUGGAAAGUCAGAUUUUUGUGCACACUACAAAGAUUAAGCUAUUACGAUCUCAAUUGAUGGAUGAAACCCAGAGAUUGAAUUCGACAUCCAAAGAGUUAAGUCAUUUACAUAAUGUCAGGACGGCAUCAGUAGCUUUAAAUGUUUGGCAGCCGGAUAUUGUCCGAGGUAGACAGAAACAAGUAGUUGAGCAAUGUACUGUGCCCAUUGAAUCUCGCAUUCGUGCUUUAGGAAUGGAAUAUAAACUUUGCAAGCAACAGAUUGCAGUCUUUGAGAAGGCUUAUAGAGAUGAGAAGCAGAGGCUAGACACAACAAAAAAACAGUUGGAAUCGAUGAAGUAUCACCCAUUAAGGGAUUAUAAACUGGCAGAAAAAAUAGUCGGUCAGAAUAUUCAGCCAAAGAAGAAGCUGAAGACUAGCAGCGAGAGUUCAACCUCAACCAGUAAGUAGCCCUUUCAAAUGGAUGGAGGCUUUUCCAUCAACCAAAUUCCAUUUGGGCUCUUACCAUGAAAGCUAGGUACUUCCCUACCACCAAUCCCUUCCAUGCUUUCUGUAACUCCACUACUUCUUGGGCCUGGAAGGAUGUCUGUAAGGGUCUAAUGUUGAUCAAAAGAGGUUAGCAUAUGGGAAGUAGGUAAACAUAUGGAAGGACAAUUGGAUACAUAACCAAAUAACAGCAUCGAAGGGAUAGGAGAAUGUUUAGGGGUCAGAAUUAUGAGCUGGUAGCUGAUCUCAUUACGGAUAGUGGAUGGGAUGUACCAGUCCUUUAUGGCCUGUUUGAUUGGGAAAUAGUGGUGAGGAUACUUAUUUUUUCACCUGACAAGCCCAAGGAGGUUACUUUAAGGGAGGACAAUAAUCAAGGAAAUUUCAGCAGUAAAUCUCUUUAUGAUCUUUUGGCUAAGAUGGAAGCUGAGAUUGAGGAUAGUAUAGCCAAGAAAAUCUGGAAAAUGAAGGUCAUUCUCAGAAUUCAGUACUUCAGUUGGAAACUCAGAACUAAAAUCAUUCCUUUCAGUGGUUCCUUGUCUAUUUACAUUCAACAUGUCAAUCCCACUCGUGUUAUGUGCAAUGAUACAUCAAAACUGGGAACAUCUCUUAAUGCAUUGUAUUUAUAGCUUUGGAAAAGCUGUACCGGCCUUCUGCUCAUAUCAUCUGGAAACCGUUUUUCAACACACGCAGCCUAACCCAAUAAUCACCCUAUACCAACUGUUGACAGCAAAACUGUGCCUGUAUCUUACAUUUUACAAAUUGAUAUCCCUUCUAGGAAUCUGUUAACUUUUGCUUAUAUCAUAAGUAACCAAUCCACAGGCUAGUUGGAGUUGAAAUUAUAAUCAUAAGUAUCUCUGGUGAAACCAUUGGAAGGAGAACUUCAGGAGGAAGAGCUCAUGGGAAAGAAGAUGGGGACUGUGUGUAGUGAUGAGUGCCAAAUAUUGUAUAUAUUUAUCCCUUUUUGUUGGCAUUUAACUCAUCUUUUGUGCAUUAAUUUUACAUUUUAUCCCA